AUGAAGGCACAGCAGCGACUCUACUUCCUGAGGAUCCUCAGGAAGAACAGCCUGCAGGAGAAAGUGCUGGUGUCCUGCUACCGCUUGUCCAUCGAGAGCGUGCUAACGGAUGCAAAGGAAUGGGCCAACUUCUACAACUACUUUGGCAUCACAGUGGAUACAAACACAGACAAAACCAAUGAUACUAAGCGCAAGGAAUGUUACCAAAAGCAUGUGGUUUUCGGAACUGUCGAGACCUUCGCUGCCGACCACCUUCGCCAGACGUUUGAGAUGAAGGACGUCAGGCCCGAUCGAGGCUAUCAGUGCAUCAUAAUCGAUGAGGUGGACUCCCUGCUGCUGGACCAGGGAGUACAGCUGACCUACCUGUCCAGCAACAUGGUCUCCAUGCAGCACCUCAACGUUAUUCUCGCUAUGAUCUGGGGCCAUGUCAACCAGUACGGGUUACUGUCCACAGGAAUACAGACAUUUGUACGAGAAGAAAUUCUUAUCAACCCCAUUGCAGAAUGCAUCAAGGAGAAGCUGCAGUUCACUCCCUGUGAAAAUGAUAACAGCAAAAUCAGCAUCCCUGGAUUCCUGAGAAAUCUGGUGGAGAACAAAGUGUCAACAUGGGUUCAGAAUGCCUUCCUAGCCAUGUCACUGAAGGAGGUCAUAAAGGAGAUAGCACAGUGUAUCUCCCUGUCCUCCCCGGGACCCCAUGUGUCCCUGGUGAUUCUCCAGCUGGGCAGAUUCACACAGGAAGAGCAGGACACAGUGAAGAUCAUUCAGGAGACCUUCGGUGCUGAAGCAGCCAGGUACACAAUGGUGCUGUUCACUCAUGGAGACCAGCUGGAGGGAUUAACUAUCGAAGAAUAUAUUAAUGGCAGUGAAAUGCUUGGUGGGUUCAUUAGACAGUGCCAUGGUGGAUAUCAUGUCUUUAACAACGAGGAGGUGAAUAAUCGCACUCAGGUCACCGAGCUGCUGCAGAAGAUUGAUAAGAUGGUGACAGAGAAUGGAGGAAGCUGCUACACCAAUGAGAUGAGAGAGGAAGAGAGAAAGAGGAGAGAAGAAGAGAGGAUGGUGCUGCUGGGGAAAGUAGGCUGCGGGAAGAGUGCGGCAGGAAACACCAUCCUGGGCAGAGAGGACUUCCGCUCCUCCUUCUUCUUCUCCGCGGUGACGAAGAGGUGCGAGGUGAGGAGCGCGUUUGUGCACGGGCGGCUGGUGACGGUGGUGGACACCCCCGGGGUGGACUACAGGGAGGUGUCUGAGGAGGAGCUGCUCCGCUGCACGGCGAUGGCCGCGCCCCACGCCCUGCUGCUGGUCAUCCAGCUGGGCAGGUUCACCGAGGAGCACAGGGCGUCGCUGCAGAGAGUGGAGAAAGUCUUCGGAGAGACGGCCAAAGAGUUCACCAUGAUCCUCUUCACAUACGGGGACUUCUUAAAACGCGAGACAAUCGAUCACUUCAUCCGAAAGUACUGUUCUUAUUCCACAGGAAUUCACAAGGUUAAAGAUCUGAGGAUUGCCCUGGUGGGAAAGACCGGAGUGGGAAAGAGUGCAGCGGGAAACAUCAUCCUGGGGAAAAAAGCAUUUGAAUCGAAGCUCUCCCCCUCCUCUGUGACGUCACGAUGUAAGAAGCAGAGAGGGAAGGUGGAUGGGAGAGAGGUUGCCGUGGUCGACACUCCAGGCCUGUUUGAUACGAAACUCGUUAAAGAUGCUGUCAUCAAAGAGAUUGGGACAUGUAUCUGCCUGUCCUCCCCGGGACCCCAUGUGUUCCUGGUGGUGAUCCAGUUGAGCAGAUUCACACAGGAAGAGCAGGACACAGUGAAGAUCAUUCAGGAGACCUUCGGUGCUGAAGCAGCCAGGUACACAAUGGUGCUGUUCACUCAUGGAGACCAGCUGGAGGGAUUAACUAUCGAAGAAUAUAUUAAUGGCAGUGAAAUGCUCGGUGGGUUCAUUAGACAGUGCCAUGGUGGAUAUCAUGUCUUUAACAACGAGGAGGUGAAUAAUCGCACUCAGGUCACAGAGCUGCUGCAGAAGAUUGAUAAGAUGGUGACAGUGAAUGGAGGAAGCUGCUACACCAAUGAGAUGUACAAGAUGGCUGAAGAAGCGAUUGAAGAUGAGAAGAGGAGGAUUCUGAGAGAGAAUGAAGGAAAGAUACGGAGGGAGGAGGAGAAGCUGAAGGCUAAAUAUGGGGGAGGGGCUCUGGAGAAAGCCAUAGAGGAGCUUCACAAAGAGCAUGAAAGAGAAGCCAGAGACAGAGCAGAGAGGAGUAACACGUUUUUGAAGAAAGCAGGCAUUGUGUUUUCCAGUAUGGCUGCGGGUGCAGGAGCAGGAGCAGCGAUUGGUGCAGUGGGAGGCCCGGUUGGCAUAGGAAUAGGGGCAGCAGCAGGAGCAGUAGUGGGUGCAGCAUCAGCAGCAACAGGGAUUAAUAUACGAGAUAAAUGCACCACACAGUGAAAGAAGCACAGCCACGCCCUUCCUGUGAAGAGCCUUUCUCUUUUCAGUGAUUACUUCAAAUGAGAUGUUAAUGCUGGAGAUUAAUGAUUAGCAGAUUAAUAAUAUAGAACAGA